AUGGGUGCUGGACAAUCGACUGCAGCUGGACAAUCGACUGCCAAGGUAAAAAUCUAGAAGAAAUCUUGAAAUAUGAGAUUUUUCAGGUUCAAGAUGUUGGGACUCCUGAAGAAAGAGCUCAAAGAAUUCGAGCCGCGCAACAUGCAAUGGCUGCAGCUGGUAAGGGUUAUGGGAGGGCUUGGAAAAUUUUUGAAGAUUGUUUUCUUGUAAAUUUGUGAGCUAUGACGUCACUUUUGAAAAAAUGAUGCAAAAUUUUGAAAAAUUCCAGGAACCGAAUGUCCUCUCACACCAGAACAACGUGCUGCAGCAGCCGCUGUUUCUUCAGAAAACUGCGGAGAAGGUGGAUGUCCAGUCGGAGCCGACGGAAAAAUGAGCCCCUUCAACAACGAACUCGAACAUCCCAAUCAAAAACCAGCUCCGGAUCAACCAUUCGCGUUGCCAACAAAACGCGAAAAAUCGACAAUUCCACGCGCCGGAACCGAAGAUACUUGGACCUAUCCAAGCCCACAAAUGUUCUGGAAUGCGAUGCUGAAAAAGGGGUGGAGAUGGCAAGAUGAUCAAUUGAGUCAAAAAGAUAUGGGAAAUAUUAUUAGUAUUCAUAAUGCGAAUAAUGAAGAGGCUUGGAAAGAGGUUAUGAAGUGGGAAAAUCUUCUUCACCCGUAAGUUAUUGGAGAAAAUUCAAAAAAAAUAAUUUUCUUUCAGAGAAUGCGCGAAUCCAAAGCUUAAAAGUUUCAAAGGAGACGCAAAAAAUAUCUCGCCACGUGCCAAAUUUCGCAAAUUAUUCCUUGGCUAUGAUUAUCCUUUCGAUAGACACGACUGGAUUGUUGAUAGAUGUGGAAUGAAAGAAGUAAGAUCUUGUUUGAAGAUCUAAUAGAAAUCCCAAAUGUUUCCAGGUUCAAUACGUAAUCGAUUAUUAUGACGGCGGCGCUGUUGAUCCACAAUCAAAACUAUUCACAAUUCUCGACGUUCGACCCGCAAUGAAUGAUAUUUCGAAUAUCUGGGAUCGUAUGGUUGUUGCUUACUGGCGCUUUAAAUUUGAGACCCUAGGAUUCACACCGAAUUUGCCGAUUCCACCAACUGAAGGACACAGUGUCAAUCACUAA